AUGGCCGCUCCGCCGCCGGUGCUCACGGUGGCGGUGGAGAAGGGGCCACGCCGGGGAGAGACCCGGCAGUGCCGCGCGGGCGCCGCGCUCCGCGUCGGCCGGGUCGUCAAGGGCAACGAUCUCGCCGUGCGCGACGGCGGCGCGUCGCAGCACCACCUCGUCAUCGAGUUCCUCCCGCCGCCCGGCGCCGGGUGGGCCGUCUCGGAUCUCGGGACCUCCAACGGCACCCUCCUCAACGGCGCGGCCCUCGUGCCCUCCGUCCCCGCCCCGCUCUCCCACGGGGACGUAAUCAAGGUCGGGGAUUCCACCGUGCUCGCCGUCUCCAUCGCGCCCGACUCGGAUCCGAACCCUGUCGCCAACCCCACCUCGCGCCACGCGGCGGCGGCGGUGGAGGAGAAGCCCGCUGCGGUGACCCGCCGCGGGAGACGGAAUAUUAAAGCGGCGACAGCGGCCGAGGCUCCCGAAGUGGAGAAGGAAGAGCCAGAUGCAGCGGCAGUGGAAGAGCCAGAUGCAGCGGCAGUGGUGAUGGUGGCGGAGAAGCCCCCUGCGGUGACCCGCCGUGGCACACGGAGUAAAGCGCCGCCGGUGGCUGAGCCCCCCGAAGUGGAGAAGGAAGAGCCGGACGCCGCGGCAGUGGUGGUGGAGGAGAAGCCCCAGGUGGCUAGACGCCGGGGCGGACGGAAGAAGAUGGCUCCGGGGCAGAUGGAUGAGACUGCAGAGGCGUCACGCCAGUGUGAGCAGAAGGAGGCCCCGAAGCCCUCUGAACCAGAGAAGGACGAUGAGGAGAAGGAGGAGGUCAUGGUACCGAUGCGCCGCGGCAGUCGGAGGAGCGUCACAGAGCCCUCUAAACCGAUGGAAGAGGAGAAGGAGGAGAAUGCCCCUGCAGUGACACGCCGCGGAGGGAGGAAGAGGAAUGUGGCGACCGUUGCCCCUCUGCCAUUGCCUCCAAAACCGAAAUCUGUCAGGGGGUGGGGUACAAGGGCUACUGCAAGCACCACCGUUCUUCAGGAGGAGCAGGGAGGAGACGAGUUGGCUGCGUCAAGAGCGGAGACAGUGAACCUGCUGUCUCCGACUGCGGUGAAGGGUGGUGAGGAGCAGAAGGGGUUUAAGGUGGCAGCUGGGGAUGGAGGGGUAGAACUACAAGAUACUGCAAAGGCAUUGAAGGAUGAAGAAAUACCAAAAGGGAGGGACAAUGCUCAUCAUGCUGCUUCUGACAAUGAUGCCAAUGCGGCCGCAGCAGAGCCCACUGGAGAGAUGGAGGAGGCUGCAGAGGUAAACUGCCACAGGAGGCGGAUGAAGGUUGUGGAACAUUAUGAACCUGAGAAGGACGGGGAGGAGACCACCGUGGUGACACGCCGUGGCGGGCGGAAAGUGGUUAUGGAGCAGUCAGAACCAGGGAAAGAUGAUGAUACCACUUUGGUGACACGCCGCGGCCACGGCAGGCAGAAAAAGCUCGCCGAGCAGCCUGAACCAACGAAGGACGUGGAGCAGACCACGGUGGCGACGCGCCGUGGCGGGCGGAAAAAGGCCGCUGAUCAGCUUGAACCAGAAAAGGGCAUGGAAGAGACCACUAUUUUGACGCGCCGUGGAGGGCAGAAAAAGGUAGCGGAGCAGCCUGAACUAGUCAAGGAAGAUACUGAGAAGGAGGAGGGUGCCCCUGUAUUGGCACGUCGUGGUGGGAGGAAGAAGAAUGCAUUGUUGGUUGCCCCUCCGUUGCCUGAACUAGUGAAGGAAAAUGACGAGAAGGAGGAGAGUGCCCCGGCGUUGACCCGCCGUGGCGGGAGGAAGAAGAAUGCAUUGUUGGUCGCCCCUCCAUCACUUCCCCUGAAUACGAGCUCCACAAGAGGCCGGGGAAGGGUUACAAGGGCUAGUAUGACUGUGAAGGCAUUAGAGGAGGAACUGCCAGAAGGGAGGGCCAGGGCUAAGCUUUCUGCUUCGAACACUGUGGCUCAUGCGGCUGCAGUGCAGCUCACUGUAGAGAUGGAGGAAACUUCAGAGGCACCUCGCCGAGGCAGGCAGAAGAAAGCCAUAGACCCCCCUGAGCCAGAGAAGGAAGAUGAGGAGAAGGAGGAUGCUAUCAGGGUGACGCGCCGCAGGGGGCAGAAGAAGGAUGCAGUGGUGGCAUGCCAUGCCGGGAGGAAGAAAGAUUCCACGGUGAUCGCUCCUCCGCCCCUGCCUCCAAAGACAGCAUCCGGAAGGGGCCGCAGAAGGGUUACAAGGACUAGUGCGAGGAACAAUGUUCUUGACAAGGACGCCAAGGGGGAACAAGAGGAAGAUGAGGUGAAUGUGCCAAUAGAGCAAGCCGGGAAUCUGCAGAUUGCGAUGGCAGUGAAUUAUGGUGAGGAUAGAGAAGUAAAAGGUGCUGCGAGAGCAUCGGAGGACGACUCACCAGAGGGGAGGGACAGUGUGAAGCAUGCUUCUUCUGAAAACAGGGGCCAGGAGGAUCAGGGUGGUGUGCACUGUUCUUCCAGAGUUCAUUCAGGAUCUAGUGGAAUCCCCAAUACUACAAGCAAAUAUAGAGAGGAUAGAAAGCUGAAAGCAUACUCAACUCCCUUCGAUGUCAGGGUGGAUAGAGCUCUGAAGAAAUAUUCUACAUGAGUUGCCGCUUGCUAAUGAUUAAGAUUAAAUGUACUGAGUAUGAUGUGUCGAUAGGCUCUAUCUUCUUUGUGUAGGAAGAAAUGCCCCAUAGAGUUAUAGUCUAGAUCCAACUGAAUUUUGUGUACAUUGAAGUGGAGAUGCAUGUUCCCUGCCUAUGGCAGAUAUA